ACAACAUGGAUCUCAUCGGGAAGCCGAGGGGAAAGUCCAUGGUGUGGAUUUACUUCGGAUUUAAAGCGGACGAGAGAGGCCGCCCGCUGAACGCCGACGAGGCCAUUUGCCGCUUGUGCCGAAAAAUCGUGCUCGCCAAAGGGAACACGACGAACCUGAGGAGCCAUCUGAAGCGCCGACAUCCCGUCGAGUUUCUAGCCAGCCUCGCUCCCUCCACAUCCGGGGCUUUGUCCGAGGCUCAGGCUUUAGAUUUUGGCCACGAAGAGCUCGGGGAGGAUAUCUCAUUUUUCCAAACCCCUUCGAACUCCAACUAUGUCCCAGAUGCGGUGAUCCCGCCAGGCGAGCCGUGGCUUAAUGGAGGCCCCUCCCGGGCUGUGCUGUCCCUGCCGUCCUGUCUGUGCCUGUCCAAGCCCAGUGCGCCUAGAACAUCUGGUCCUGGGCCUUCAGUCGAAGACCAAGGGGAGCCGAAGGUGCUUGCCAAGUGCCAGCUUCAGCAGGGGGUCAUGUUUGGACCUUUUCUGGGAGAAAUGUGCAAAGGACAAAUGCCAAGCAACCUCAGAUUUGCCUGGGCAAUUCGAGACGAUGCUGCUUUUACCUUUGUGGACGCUUCCGAUGAGAACAAAUCUAACUGGAUGAGGUACGUGACGUAUACAAGCAGUGAAAUCGAACACAACCUGGUCGUGUUCCAGUUUUAUCGCCACAUUUACUACCGGGUUUCCCAGCCCGUCUCAGAGGGGGCGGAGCUCAAAGUCUGGAUUGGGAAGGAUUACGCCUCGCUUUUGGGUCUGGGGUUAAGUGAUAACGGGAAAUGUGAAAUUGGAGAUAAGGAGACAGCUCUGCGCCUCCUGCAGGACAUCCAGCUGAUCACCCUCCCGGAGCCGAGCAGCACCUCCCUUUGGUCUGACUGCAGCCAGUCGCAGAGCCCCAUGCCCGUCAUCAGUGACGUGACGACCGUGCCAAACCCAGAAGCAGCUGGUGAUCCGGGUUUGGUUCCUUACCCGAUCUUCCCCUCCCCGUUUUCCUCGACCUUGCCCUUGUUGUCCUCGAAUUCUCACCUGAUGGAGAAGUACGACUUCUUGCCCGGAACAGAGAAGCUGCUGACCAACCUGAACGCCAGCCAGAACAGUCCCUGGCACUUCUUUGGGCUGGAGCCCGACCCGAUCGGCCGGCCUCUGGACCGGAACACUGCAGUGUGCAAGCUGUGCCUGGAGCGAGUGAGCUGUGGAGGAGGAGCGACGGAUCUUCAACUCCACCUCACCACCAAGCAUCACAUCAAACUCCGCGACAUUUGCAAGGAUCGCAGUGCACCGACAGUGUCUCUGCGCUGCGUUCCCCCGGUGUUUCCUCCCAGCGGUCAGGUCAGCUCUGCCCCCGCGGUGAUGCCCACUCAGGUGACUCACGCCAUCACCAACUUCCUGAUCAGGGACCUGCAGGCCCCGGCUCUGGUGGAAGGGGAGGGCUUCAGACAGCUGCUACACACGGUCCUGCCCUCCUACAGGGAGACGCUCACCUCCUGCCAGCUGGAGAGCCUCCUGAGAGACCACCACAUCCGGAGCAGGAUGAGCCUCCUUCAAAUGCUGAGGGGCAAAUCUGGAAGCGUGGAUGUCGAGGAGAUCUGCGACUACACCGCUCCCAUAGAGUUCGAGCCCAGGAGGCGAGGGCGACCCCACAGCCGUCAGAGGGAACUCUCUCACUUUGUCACCCUGAGCGUUGACGUUUGGCUCCACAGCUGGCAGGGGAGCAGCCAGCACUACCUCACCCUCUGGGCGCACUACAUAGACAACAAUUUCGGUCUUCACAACUUGGCCCUGACCACCCAGAGGCUGGUGGAGAGCCAGGGAGAAGACUUCAGCCUUCAGGCCGUGGAGCUGCAGGUGAAAGCGAUGGCGCAGGAGUGGGGCAUCUCCCAGCCCAAUCUGGUCCUGUUGGGAGUGGAAGGCAAAAACGCCACGAAGGUGGGGCCGAUAAAGACGCUGUGCAGGGCUGUGUGGAGGAAGUGA